CGGACGUUUUUUUGAUUGUGAAUGUUGUGCUUUCUAAAAUUUAUCAAGCAAGUUUUUUUAUUCUUAUCUAUAAAUAUUCACAAACUACCGCCACGUCACUUCGGAAGAUAAAUUAUUAAAUAAUAUACUCGUAUGUGCAAUUAGGUUCGCACUGAUAUUAUUAAAUAUUGUCAGUUGCUCAAGUGAAUCCAAUUGAGGAAGUUUAAACUUGUAAAGUAUAGAAUUAAUAUAUUCCCAGAAUUUAUAAAACUCAAUUGAAGCACAUCAGUAAAAAUUAGCUUCGGAACAAAAAUGUCACUCGAUCUCAUUUCACCGAACUUCACAGAAGAGCAUUUGAAUGAAAUCAUCAAAAAGUAUGGAGGAGUUAAGUACACAUCGUGGGCAUUUGAAGGAAAUGCAGGAAAGAAAGGUGAUGGAUACUUGAGUGAGGUCUAUAAGGUUGUUGUGACUGGAAAGGAUGAUAAGGAAAAGUCCUUCGAUGUCCAUGUCAUCAUCAAAACAACUCCAAAGUCUAUCGCCCGUCGCAAAACUUUUCGAUCUGCAGACUUCUUCAGAAAUGAAAUUAACUUCUACAAUUGUGUCAUAUCCAAAUUCAUUGAAUUCCAAUCGAUCAAAAAAGAUGCAAAAUAUCCAUUUAAUGAAAUGUCAACGUGCCUUGUAUCCCACGUCGACGGUGAAAAUGACUUUCUAGUUAUGGAGAAUUUAAACAUGUGCGGCUAUCACACAACAUCCCGUCAACAAGCGAUGGACAUUAAUUUAUGUCGUUUGAUAAUGCAAACGCUUGGCAGAUUCCAUGGAUUGUCGUUUAUCAUUCGCGAUCAAAGUCCACAAUUGUUUGAUGAAAUGGCAGCGUCACUUGAGGAAACUUACUAUUCAGCUAGACUUAAGCCUUGGUAUAAUAAUUUUAUCAAUACGCAAAUUGAUAUUGCAAUGGAUGCAGUUUCUAAGAUUUAUGGAGGAACUGAAGUUGAGGCGAAGGCGAAGAAGUUUUUGACUGAAGGAAGUUUAUUUGAUAAAAUGGUUAAGCUGACGCACACUACUAAUCGGUAUAGUGUCCUUGGACAUGGCGAUUGCUGGACACCAAACUUCCUCAUUCACUCAAUUAAUACAAAUGGAAAAGAAAUUCCAGUCAAGGCAAAAAUGAUUGAUUUUCAACUUUCAAGAUAUGCAUCGCCAGCCUUGGACAUAACAUUCUUCUUGUAUUCAUGCACCAGUGAGGAACUUAGAGUUCAGUAUUAUAAUGACUUGAUGAAGACUUAUCACACUAAUUUGUGUGAGAUUAUUAGAGAUUUUGGAUCUAAUCCUGAGUUUUUGUUUCCUUAUUCGGCAUUGGAGAACGAAAUGAAACAAUUUGGAAGGUUCGGAGUCGGAAUGGGCAUCGAAUCAAUUCCAUUUAGUCUUAUGGAUGACAGUGACACUGCUGAUUUAGACAAGAUUCAAGGAGAAAAUGCAGUUCCGAUUACCGACAUUUGGAUAUUGAAGCGACUCGAGAAUGAAAAUGAUCAAAGAAGAUUGGCUGAUGUCUUCAAGCAUGCAGUUGAUUUUGAAGCUAUUCAAGCUAAAAUCAUGGAAACUGAACAUUGUAGGAUAUGCUUCACUGAUAGAGAUGACUUGACAGAAAUUUGUGAUGAAAUUAAAGAAACUUUUUAUUCAUUAACAAAUAUUCAUCUCAUCAAUUCUGAAGUUCACUCAAGCUACAUCUGUCGAGAAUGCAAAGACAAGCUUGAAUCAACAAGGGAUUAUGUCAAGCUUUUAGCAGAAAAUGAGAUGCAAUUAAGAAAUAAGUUUUCUAUUGAUAAUUCACUAUUAAUUGAAGAUCAUCAAACUUCUUCAUAUUAUCCUCAAAUCAAGACUGAAAAUGUUGAGCAUAAAGUUGUGAGGAAUCAAGGUUCAAACAUUCCAAACCAUAAAAUAAAGGCACAAAAGCGAACAUACCAGCAAAUGAGUGAAAACGUAGGAACUAGAUCUUCUAGAAAUUUCGUAGAAUCUGUCUAUUUAAAUGAGUAUGGAAAUGAAGAUACCAUCGACGAUGUAGAAUUGAGUCCUGAAAAUGAAAGCAUCAAUGAUCAAGAAAAUUCAUUAAACAUGGAAAUGAUUGAUAACAUAAAUGAUUUAGAAGAUGCCAAAAAUGUUUUCAGAUUAAUGUUCAAUGAGAUUCGAGAUCUUAAGCCUCAAGAGCUCAAAACUUCAAAAGUUGCAGUUCAUAAACCAACUCCUCAAAUUAGUUCAGUCGAUGGUUCAAAUAUUGAAAUUAUGAAAAUCACAAACAUGUACGAAUUUGAAGGAUUUAUCAAAAAAAUCAAUAAAGAUUCAGCUUAUCGCCAAGAGCUGAUUAAUCGCUGGAAGAACUUGACAAACAAUACACGCCAAACACAAGUGAAUGCAAAAGCUUAUAACAUCCUUAAUGAAUUGUUCGAAAGAGAUUUUCUAGUAUCAAGUGUCCGUUGGGGUCAGCCAUUUGAAAAGGACAAAAUACGAAGUGAUCAAUUGUAUCUUAAACUUCAGGAUGAAUUUAAUGACAUAAUUUUAAAUGUUUAUGAAUUGGAAAGAUCAAAAGAUUCACUUGAACAUAUAGGAAAGAUAUUCAAGAACGUAUUUAAUAAUAAAGUUAGACGUGAAGAGAGAAAUAACGAACAAGUUCAUUCAGGCUUACAAGUGGCUUUUAAUCCAAGGACAAGAUUAAAGCUCAAUAAUACCAAAGAACACUCAAAUGUCAUUUGUCAAGAAUGUAGAAUCAAGCUACAAUCAACAAGACAAUACAUUAGACUUUUAACAGAAAAUGAAACCCGAUUAAUGAAUCAUGCUUCUACUGACAAUGCACAAUUAAGUGAUGAUAACAAAAUUUUCUCAUAUUUUCCUGAGAUUAAAAUUGAAAAUGAUGAGUUUGAGUUUGAAAGUAAUCAAAUAAGUUUAGGUCCAUUAGCAAAAGAGCUCAAACUUAAAAGUAAUCGAGGGAGAAAGCGAAAAAGUACAGAAUCUACUGAAGAAUCUCCAAAGAAACAAAAAGUUAAGAAAUUAAAAAUUUUAAAAGAUAAAGUUCCAAAAAUAAACAAAAAAUCACCUAAACCUUGCCAAGAAAUAUCCAACAAUAAAGCAAUCAAAGUUAAAUCUUCCAAAACCAAAGAUUCAGAUCGAAAAUCCUCAAAGUCUAGCAUUAAACAAGACAAACCAAUUAAACAACUUCAAUCAAAGGCAAAGGUUGAAUCUGACUCUCCAAAUGAAGACUUGUCCCAUCUCCAAAAGACAAAAAACGGCAAAAUCAUCUGCCAGGACUGCAACCGUCCAAUUCUCAAAUCAAACUACAAGGAUCACAUCAACCAAAAGCAUGUUGGCAAUAACAUCUUUAUUUGUGAUUUAUGUCACAAAAAAUUUCAUCGAAAAAACUCUCUCGAGUGCCACAUGUACGUCCAUCUCAAAAUUAAACCUUAUACAUGUCCAGAAAAUUGUGGAAAGUCAUUUUACAGCAAGCAUGGACUUUACUUCCAUUACAAGAUGCAUCAUCAACCAAUUAAUGAAUUUAUUUGUGAGAUCUGUGCUAAAAGUUUUAAACAAAGUCAUUUGCUGCAGGAACACAUUGAUGCUAAGCACAGUGGUGUUAGAUAUAAAUGCAAAUAUGAAGGAUGUGGGAAUCAAUACAAUACAAAUGCAGGACUUAAGAAGCAUAUAAUUAGCAUUCAUGAAUGUAAAAUCGUUCCUUGUGAGUUUUGUGGUGAAUUAUUUCGAACUGGAUUUUCACUUUAUCAGCAUGUGAGGAUCAAUCAUAAGGAAAGGAAAUUUGUGUGUGAAUAUGAAGGAUGUGAUAAGAAAUUUGUGAUUAGAACUCAUUAUAGAGAUCAUCUGAAGAUGCACACUGGGAAAAAAGAUUUUAUUUGUAAACUUUGUGAUGCCAGUUAUCAUAAAAAGAGGAAUUUGACACGUCACGUUGAGGUUGUUCAUCAAAAAUCGAGAUUUUAUUGUCAGGUUGAUGGAUGUAAUGCAGCUCUUUGUAAUAAGGAUAAUUAUAGAGCACAUCUGAGAAAAGUUCAUUCAAAUCAUUCAGACAUAAAAAAUUUAUUGGCUGAUAUGGCUAAAAUGAAGCCAGUGUAUUUAGAAAAUUUUGAAAAUAUGGAUGAAAAGAUUGAGGAACAGAGCUAG